AGAGAGAGAGAGAGAGAGUGUGUGUGGAGCCCGUGGAACAGAGAUGUUCAUGAUCAUUCGAGAGCCGACCGUCGUAGCGGGCGGUGCCGGAGCCAUGAGCGCACCACCGGAGAGGAGCGCAAAGCAGGUGCAAGCGGCCAUCAAGAAGAAGGUGAAGAAGCAGAAGAAGCGGUCCAACGAGCCGGGGGCAGCGGCCGCCGACGCCGCCGCUCCUUUCCAACACAGAGCCGCUCCGCUUCACCAGGCGACGACGGAGGAGGAGGAGGACGGGGAGUCGCUGGAGGAGAGGCUGCAGGAGAUGAUGGAGGGGCCGCACAGGAGAGACAGGGAGCAGGAGGAGGAGGAGGAGCCCGUGGACCUCAUGCCCAUCGUGGACUCGGUGUUCGGACAGGACAGAGAGCUGAGACCAGAGGAGCUCGAUGAGCUCCGUGAGGCCUUUGUGGAGUUUGACAAGAAUAAGAAAGGCUACAUCAGCCAUAGAGACCUGGGGGAAUGCAUGAGGACCAUGGGAUACAUGCCCACGGAGAUGGAGCUGAUAGAACUGAGCCAGCAGAUCUGUGGAGGAAAAGUGGACUUUGAGGACUUUGUGGAGCUGAUGGGGCCCAAGAUGCUGGCAGAGACAGCAGACAUGAUCGGAGUCAAAGAGCUGCGAGACGCGUUCAAGGAGUUUGACUCGAACGGUGACGGUCAGAUCAGUCUGACGGAGCUGCGCGAGGCCAUGAAGAAGCUGAUGGGGGAGCAGGUGACCAACAGAGAGAUCAACGAGAUCCUGAAGGACGUGGACCUGAACGGGGACGGCCUGGUGGACUUCGAGGAGUUUGUGCGAAUGAUGUCCCGCUGACGGGCGCAGCCGCUCACGUGAGAUGACGUCACCUUAUGGACGUGAUUCAUUCCUGGACGUUCUUCCUGAGCUCAGACGAGCCUGAACAUGAAAGUAUUUUUUUAUAUUUAAGACAUUUAAGAAAGCGAGAAUAAAUCCUUUUACGACCAACAUCUCUACUUAGAAUUCAACCAUCAGCUGUGAGACAUAUCAUAAACAAUAUUUAUGAAUUUGUGUUUACAUGUAUUUUUAUAUAUCAGUGUUCUUUGAGUGUAAAGUUGUCAAACUGUACAAUUAUUUUUGAUUAAAGAAAUCUGAAAAAUGCG